AUGGUCGUAAUACCACCCGCCCCACUCGGCCCUCUUCCCCUACGCCGGCAUGAGCCACCUCCUCUCACUCCUCCGGCAAGCCGCCACCAUCUCCCCCGCAGUCUCCAUGUCACAAUCAUUACCGUCCACCCGAUCAUUGUCGCCUCCGAAUCCAACCACCUAUUCGCCUUCCUCUUCGUUCACCUCUUCGUCCAUCCCGGCGAGCUGAACACGCCGGCUGUCGCCGCCAUCCAAAUCCCAACGUCGGCUUCUUCCUCAAUCGAUUGGUCCAAAUCCAUCCCAUCGUCGCCGCCUUCCAGAUCCCGCCGCCACCAUCGUCUUAUCGCUCAGUCGCCCCGUCCAAAUCCCGUCAUCGCCGGCGCCUCCGUCCAGAUCCGCCGCCGGAUAGAUAGCCGCUACGAGUUAUCACACAUCAAUUACAAAUUCAGAAAUCACAAUUUGUACUGUUGGGUUAAUUGA